UCACAAAGGGGGGGGGAGGGGGGGGGGGAUUGAGACCAACCCCUCACGAGAGAGAGAGAACAUGUCUUGCUCGACCAUCGCCGCCACGGAGGGUGACGAGGUGACGUUUUACGGGGAGCCAUUUCAGCCGGAGCAGAUCGUCGCAUACACGCUGUACAGGUGGGCUACAGGAGAGUCGUACGACAACAGCACAUCAUCCUUCGGCAUGGGAAGGGCUUCCGGAGUUCGAGCUGUGUGCAAUGCGACAACCGCUAUGUUGAGGGUGUACAGGGACAAGAUAUCGUGGCCGACAGGGGUGCGGAAACACGUCGUGCUACGGGCGUUUCUGGACAAGGGUUUUCCCAACCGCCAUGGAGCAGUUGACUGCACACACAUCUACGUGGACAAACCGGCGAACGCGCCGAGUGUGAACUACUUCGACCGCAAGCACCGUUUCUUCGUCAUUGCGCAAGUGGUGGUGGACCUGGAUCUGCGCGUGCUUGAUAUGUUCGUUGGAUAUCCGGGGAAUUGCCACGACAUUAGGGUGAUCCAGUUGUCAAGUCUGUCCGGGCGAGCGGAAGAGGGAAUGUUGUUUCGUAAGCCUCCUGUCACGCUGCCGGGAGGGGUGAGGACGAACGGAUACAUCUUGAACGACAACGGGUAUCCUCCUUCUGAAUGGGUGGUGGUUCCAUAUGGAGGAAUCAAUCAGCACCCAGACGAGGAAAGGUUCGACACGAAGCAGAAGGUCGCAAGAUUGGUUGUGGAGAGGGCGUUCGGGAGGUUGAAGGGGAUGUGGAGGCUCUUCCUGCGGACGCACAAGACGAACCUCGACACUCUACCGCAACAGUUCACGGUCGUCUGCAUUGUCCACAACAUCCUGCUCGACACUGGUAUCGAGUUUGACGAGAAUCUGUUGUGGGAGGUCGACGAAAACGGGGUGUGGCGCCAACUGGACCUGGGAUUCAUCAUCCCUCGCAGCCAGUGACGAUGUUGACUUCGACGCACGCGGCACACGCGCUCCACAAUGCAUUGGCGGAGCGAAUGGAACACAUGUGAUCCUGCCUACCGCCUSCCUAUUUCUCUYGUAGAAGACUUCUUCGUUGACGUCGUGUUCCRCCGUCAUCGAUUYACAGCGCUUGCRUCUUUCRCUUACGCGUGCAAUYGCUUCGGAGGGUUUGCCGUCGUGGACGGGUUGUUUUUAGGUGUUUGUUGUUGUAGUCGACAGUAGACUGCUUGUCCAGUUCGUCGAUCAUUGGCAGUGACGCGGCUUCAUUGUCUUUGUAGUCGCCGCAACGGUAGUGUGGUUGUUGUUUCGGUCUUCCUUGUUAGUAUAGUGGGGGGGGGGAAAGGCGGGAGGUGCCGGCAAUGAUAACGAUGGCGCGAUUCCUAAGAUCGAAUAAAGGGCCGCAUACAUAAGAAGACGUGGACGAGAAUGCGAUGACCAUUAACGCAUGCGUCACAUGAUAAACCCACUAGGAAAAG